UGGCCAUACCCGACUGCAUAAUCUUACAUAGUUAAAUGAUACUUUAUCUAGGCCGCUUCCCUCUUCAUAAGUCCCUUCACCGUUACCAUCUCACUCUUCAAGACCCCCCCCAAUACAAGGACAAUGGCGACACCCAAUUUUCCAAGCAAUGCCGCUGACCAGAUCAUCGACGAUGCACAACUCGAAGCUGGCUGUCUUUACGCUAUGCUCGCUUACGGCGGCGAAUGGGGGGCUUGGGAGUGGGCUUUCUUCGUUCCAAAACCCAUCGUCGCUCCAAUCGGUCGAGAGGGCACCCUCUUCCAUGUCACACUCUACACAGAUAACGACCACCCAGAGUGGAGAUUCGAGUCCGAUCCUGCAAAAGACGUCACAGCAUCCCCUGAAGUCGUCGCUCUCAUCCGUCUUGCUCGCGUAUCAGACUUGGGAGAGUACGACGACAUUGUCGGGAGAGAUGGCCUCACGAGUCUCUUCAAGGACGUGAAGAUACCCUCGACUCCUGAAUCGCCGAUGGAUUUUAGUUCCCGAACUUGGUUUACCGAGGCCGUGGGCACACUCCAUGACUGUGCUGUCGUUCAUUGCGAUGAUGUGUGGCUCUUGGAAAGGGAGAUAAAGCGUCUAGGAUUUGCUGCAAUGGAUCGAUACAUGGAGAAUCGAGGCUGGACCGUAUUCAGAACGGACAAGUGCUCCUGACCAGUCGAGGACUGCCCGCCGUUAUCAAGAUCUACGCAUGUUCGCUGCUUCAUUCGGGUGUUUAUUCGAUACGAAGUUAUUACCGCUAUCCUACAGACUCCAUCUACACUACACCACCAAAGGAAGCCAUUGCGAAAUUGAGGUGGCUUAGCGUCAAUCAUUUCUUCAACGUUUCUUCCAGGGUUUGGAGUACAUGUAAAUCUAGGGCUAUUGUUCGUAAUCACUCUCACUAUUCCGGUCGAAUUUCAACACUCUUUUCCAACGGCCGCUAUUUAUGCUGGUUUGUGUGGUCAGAACU